AGGCAUAUUGUGGUAUAAGUGGAAAUCUAGGGUAUUUACAACAAUGUCAGGAGACGUAACCGGGAUAAUAUAAUAUUGUAUACCUACACUCGCGGCGUUUAUACUACCUCAUCCCUACCUACAAGUCCUAUACUGCUGUUUCUUUUUUUAUUUUUUUUUUGUAUUCUUUCGGUUAUUAUGUCACGGAUUGGGUCUGGUGGCAGAGAAAAACGGUGCGGCCAGUGAAAAAUGGAGGGAAACUAAGGCGAUACAUAAUUAACGGUCUCGAGCCAGUGUCCGUCAUAGACCACUCCACCAUCACGCCGGGAAAUCGUAUAGUUGUUCAUUAGAUAGAGUACGGCUACAUUAUCAUUAACUUUAUCGUUGUUAAUAUUAUUGUUGUUGUGUACAUUAUCGUUAUUUUUAGUAUUGUUUGUAUGAUAUCGUCGUGGUCGAUGUUAUUACUACCAUUGUCAGUAUCCUAGGUCAGUUCAUUCGAAGUCUAGAAAACAGUGAGCCGUCCUCAGUACUCGUCGUUGUCGUCACAGACUGAACUGCUAGAGACACGCGAAUAUUAUAAUAUUGUUGAGGGCCUUUGAGAAGAGACAUCGGCUAUCGAUCUACAAGCGAAACGUCAUGAUCUCCGCACUACCGACCCGGGCUUUCAGAGUAUUAGUUUUUGCGGCGUGGGCGCAGAGAGCUGUCUGGUGCCAAUACUACGGUGAGCAGAUAGGGGACGGUCACGGUGGUCAUAACGAAGAACACCACGAAGAUCAUCACGUGAAGCCGCUUUACAAGUACGGAUAUUGGGUGCACGAUCCGAAAACGAAGGAUGUCAAGAGCCACUGGGAGCAUCGGGACGGGGACACGGUGCACGGUUCAUAUUCGUUUCUUCAACCGGACGGACACAUGAGGGUGGUCGAGUAUACGGCCGACAAGCAUAACGGUUUCAACGCACACGUCAAAUACAUGUACGAUGGACACGCGGGAGGCAGCGACGGGGGCAGCGGCGACGGCGGCGGGUUUGGGGGAAGCGGCGGCGGUGGAGGAUUCGGCGGCGGCUUUGACAACCAUCUGGAGGACGCGUCGGGAAAACAGUCGGCACCGAUCGGCGGUGGUGGUGCCGGCGGAGUGGGAGGCCGACCGAAGCAGCCGUUGCACAAGUUCUACAAGAAACCGCGGACGGAAAAACACGGUGGCCAACCGGGUCAGUACAAAAAGCCGCAUCAGUUCGACGGCCGUCCCAAACCGGUGGGCGGCGGCUUCAAGAAACAGCGUCUGUCGCCAUCCGCGGAACAGUCGGCAGAACACCACCUCGGUGGCAGGCCCAACAGCCAUUUCGAUCAGUUGCCCAAGUUCGGCGCCCCCGGACAUCAUCACGCCAAUCCACUGGGUGGUGGCGGCGCAGAAAGCCCCGAACGUUAUCACGGAAAUCAGCUGGGUGGCGUCAGUAGCCCCGAACGUUAUCAGGCGAACCACUUGGGCGGCGCCAGUCCGUUCGGGUAUCUCGCCGAAGAACAGGGCGCCGAUCAACCGGCCGACCACUUUUCCCGCAAGUACUCGUCCACGGCGUCGGCGGACACGUCCGCUUACCUGACUGGCAUCCAGCACCUGUCGUCCGAACACGACCCGGUGGUGCACCGUCAGCCGGACGUCGCUCCCGCCGCGUCGACGGAACGCCAGCACCACAGCGGUUCGUCCGGAGAACGACAGCAACAGGUGCCGGGCUCGGAACUGCAGCCACCUCGACCGUUACAGGUGGACGGGCCGUCCGAAGAGCCACGCGACGACGGAAGCGCGCCGAUGCAGUACGAUGACACCGACAACCGCUCGAGGGAACGGGACGAAAGGGACGACAGUGACAGCAGGGACGACAGGGACAGCAAGGACGAUAGGGACAGCAGGGAUGGCCGGGACGACAGGGACGACCGGGAUUACCGAGACGACCACGCGGCCGACUCCUUCGACGAAACACCGGUGACGGUUCAAAAGCAACCAUUGCGGGAAUACCGUUUCGAGGAGCCGCCAUACCCGUUCGAAAUUCCCGAGAGCGUUCAAAUCUCCGGCAAAUACCAAAAGAGACACACUCCACAGCCGCCGCUGCCGGUUAACGUGCACAGGUACAUGCCGGCAUCGUCGUACUUUCCCAGCUGGUUCGGCGGUAGCAGACACUACGAUUAGAGAGUAUUGGGAUCGGCCGAGUCGCGACCAAGUCGACCGGCUAUUUUCAAGCAGCAAUAAUAUUAAUAUUAUAUUUUUUGUUAUUUUUAUUGUUAAAUUGUUUUAGUUUACUAUCAAUGUUUGCAUAUUGGUAACUCAGUAACUAUAUAAGGCAUCAUUUGCCUAUACUGCAAUGUUUUUGCUUCAUACACAUUGGGGUAAAGUCGAACAGAAUAACGUGUCGUCGUCGUCGAAUCGAUCCGAAUACCUACAUACCACAUAUUCGGUACCCACUGUCGUAUUUGUAUAUAGAUAGCUUGACUUACGACACUAAAUGUCUUAUAAUUGGCAUUAUGCUACAAAUUAUGAUAAAUCAGUAUUACCAUAAUAUUUGAGUACAAAAUAAUAUAGCAUAACGCAUAAGUAUGUGCGCAUUAAUCUAUUCGUAUUAAAACCCUGCAACCACAACGACGCCAAGGAACAACAACGAGAACAACAGCAACAAAAACAACAAUUUAAACUACAGCCUUUGAUGUACAAGCCUCUUUUCGAUAAAGAAACUCUAUAGUAA